AUGGAAACAAAUAAUGAAAAAUAUAGCUACACCUCUCUUUCAAGAGUAGAAAAUUUUCCCAUUUUCGAAAAGAUUUACUCCGUUUGCAAAGAAAAUUAAAACAAAUUUAGCAUUGAAUUGGUAAAAAAAUAAAAAAAGGAUUUGGUUUAAUAUAAAUCGCAUCUCAUAAAACGCGCUUAAUUUGAUGAUGGAUGGUUUUGCUUUUACACAGACAAUCUUGGAGAUCAUUCACAUUUUGAGUGCAAAGAAAUUGUUCUCACUGUGCAUGGCUUCCCAGGAAACUGGAGAGAUUGGCAGCCCAUAGAGACGUAUAUUGGGAAUAACUUUUGUAGAUGGAUCAAUUUAUUUGUUCCUGGAUUUGAUGGAGAAACUGAAACAAACAGAGGAAGCUACAAAGGAUACAUAACUUAAUUAGCAGAUUUGGUUGUAAGAUUGAUCAAAGAGCAUUUAAAGAUAAGUUAAAAAAUGAUUCUAUUUGGAUAUUCAGGCGGAAAUAUCGUAGUAAGAUUGCUAUAGUAGAAAUACCCUGAAAUUUGUAAAGCCCAUAUUAAUUUAGUUGGACCAACAAUCAUUUGGAAUCCUGCUCAUUUAUAUAUGUAUCAUGUCUUUAACACCUUUGAUAGGGAAUUUAAAUUAAGAGAGCAUCCAGAAUAGCUUGAAGAUCCUAAAGUGAGAGAAAAAUUGUAUGAAAAAUUCAAAUUAUUUUAAAUGGGAGAUUAUUUCGUCUAUGAGAAAGUCCCAAUAUGGUGCGACACACAUGAAACUCUCAUGAUUUGGUUUAAAAAAUUCCUUAGUUUUCCUGAAGGUUGGUCUAAAUUCUAUGAAAUAGGUCACAAUUAAUAAGACAUAUUGAGAUUCUAUGCCACUGGAGAUAUAGAUCCCCUUGUAGACUCUUAACUAUUAUUCUAUGAAUUCUACCAUAACACGUAUCUUAGAUAAGUAUUCAAAAUAACAGAUGAACAAACCAAAUAAAAAAUACUCUCUAACAAGUAUCUCAGUCAGCUUAAAAACUUUAAUUUUGAAAACGUCCAAGAAAAUUUCUUAUUCAUGUUCCCAAGAACUGGCCACACAAUUCAUAUUAAAAGAGCCUAUGAAUUAGCCUUCCCUUUAAAAUGCUUUAUUUCUCUAAUAAAUAUACUCCCUGACAAUUACUACGAAAUUAACAAACAGCAAACCCCAAAUAAUCCUUACAUAGGAAAUAUCUUUAUACCAAAAUUAUGA